UUGUCUGCCUCAGAACAUCCAUUCAGUUCCUUGGGUGCUCUGCGUGAGGCUGGGACCCCAGGCUAACUUCAUGGCAUUUCCAGGAACACGCUGAAUCCUUAAGGUAGAUCCCUCUCCAGGAACACGCUGAAUCCUUAAGAUCCCUGCCCGGGAUGUCCCCAUGGCGAUGCAGUGGCAGCUGUGUGUGUGCAGCCUGGGCAUCUUCCUCUUGGCGUCAUGUUCUCUCUCUGAGAAGUUCUCCCUGGCUGGCUCCCCGCGCCCCGUGGUGGGGGUAGUUGGCCAGGAUGUGGUGUUACCCUGCCAGCUCUCACCCCCGGCCCGGCUGCCCAGCAUGGAAGUGCUGUGGAGGAAAAUUGGAACAGUAUUUAUCACGGUUCACAAGUACUUGGAUGAGGGUUCUCAGGACCUGCCGGGGAAGAGUUACCAGAACCGGACAGAGCUGUUCCCACAGGAGUUUAGCAGCGGGAACGUCUCCCUGAAGCUGAAAGGGCUCCAAGGGGCAGAUGCUGGGACAUACCAUUGCUUUGUGAGGAACCCAGAAUGGAGCCAGGAAGCCACCACUGAGUUACAGGUCGCAGCUGUGGCUCCAGUGUUCAUUGAGGUGCUGGGCCCCCAGGACCAUGGGAUCGGUCUGGCCUGUAGAACUGCAGGCUGGUUCCCCAAACCCAAACUCCAGUGGGUUGGAAAGAAUGGGCAGAACCUGGCGAUGGAGAUUGUGACCGAUGUGACUCAGGACAGGGAGAACCUUUAUAGUGUUGUGAGUCACGUCACUGUCACAGAAGGGGAAGACAAUGGAGACAUUAGCUGCAUAGUGCGGAAUGGCCUGCUGGAGACUGAGCGACAAUCGGCCAUUCACCUCUCACGUGACAUCUUCCCCCGUGUUUCUCCCUGGCUGGCUGCAUUCUGGGUAUUGUUCACUCUGGUUCUCAUUGCUACUGGAGCUUGUGCAUAUCUUGGAUACGCAGCGAAGAAAAAGGCCUCUCAGAAGAAACUCUCUAAAGAAGAGGCUCUGUUAAAUCUUGAGACUCAGAAGAGGACCUGGGAAGCAGAAUGUCAGGACCUGAAUGAGAAGCUUGAAGCUCAGAAGAAGGCCUUUGAAACAGAAUCCCAGGAGCAGCGUCAGAAGAUUGAGAUGGAGAAGAGGAAGAACAAGGAGCUGGAAUCAGAACUCAAGGUGCAGCGUAAGAAUCUUGAGACUGAGAAGGAUGAGAACAUGCGGCUGGAAUCAGAACUCAAGGUGCAGCGUGAGAAUCUUGAGACUGAGAAGGAUGAGAACAUGCGGCUGGAAUCAGAACUCAAGGUGCAGCGUGAGAAUCUUGAGACUGAAAAGAGGAAGAACAAGGAGCUGGAAUCAGAGUGCCAGAAGCUGCAUCAGAGACUUGGGUCUCAGCAGGAGUAGUGGUUCUUCAGUUACUGUCCCUGUGGGUGCUCUACUCUAGGUGCACUAGUGCCCCGUGUGCCUUUGAUCAGACAUUUCUCAUGGCAGUGUCCGUUCAGCCCAUGCAUGUCAGCCCCAUGCCCUGUGCCAUUGUUAUAUAGCAAGGGUGGCCAAAGUGCGGCUCACGAUCUGCAUGUGGCCCUUUUACAGUUAAAAUGCAACUCACGGAUCCCCGCCCCCCACAGCUCCAAUUCUCCACCUACCAGUCUUGGUGGGGGAGCUCAGGGCCUUGCAGCAGGGUCAUGGCGUGGGGUCUUCUGCCCAGCGGGGAUGGGUGUCUUGGGCCUUCAGCCCCAUGGGGAACGCUUGCCGGGGCUCGGGACUUCAGCAGGAGCGGGGCUGAACCCCUGAGCCCCAGCAGGUACCAUCUACAGGGCAGAAACCCUGACCCCCAGCAGGCAUGCCCUGGCUUUCGAACUUCUGAAGAUUGUUGUAUGCAGCUCAGAGGCUCAGUAAGUUUGGCCACCCCUAUAUAGCACUGCACAGGCGAACCACCCUCAGUUCUUAUCUGAUGCAAAGCUCUCAGCAGAGAACUCUGAAGCUAAGGGGAUGGAGGGCAGGGAGUGGAGCACCCGUAGGGACAUGUCUCGAAGAACCACAGUUACAGCACAGGAUUUCAGGAGGGCUCAGAGCUGCAUGGUUUGUGUCACCCUGGAGCUGGUUUGCAAACACCCUGAAAUCACUGUGUCUGAGGAUGGCUGAAGAGUCCAACACAACCCCCAGUCUCCAUAGCCGACUGGCCUAUCUGGGGGCCUGAUAGCCCUGGGGAAUGAGAGUCCUUGUGAACAAGGAUCAUUAUGCUUUAUGGGAUGAGGUUUGCAGGGGGUACUGGGAGGAGGGGUUGGGGGACAGCCCGGACUGGAAACUGGGGUGCUGAGUGAGUCUGUAAGGAACAGUGAGAUGGGAGAGGCAGGUGAGACCCCUUGGGCUGGGCUGCUGGGCUCUGGGGAAGUAUGAGGGGUGAUAUCACCCCAGGGAGGCCGACCCUGUGAUCCAGAACUGGGCUGUGACGCCGACAUGAUUGGGGUGUAUCUGGAUCUAGAAGGGGGCAUCUCAUUUUACAGUAUCAAUUAUAUAAGCCUGAUCCUGGAGAUUCCUGUGAAAGGUUCUGAGAGAUUGUUCCCGUUCCUCAGCCCUGGUCACACUGCGGGGAGGGACAAGUGGAAACCCCUCAGCAUCUGCCCCCCCAUGACUGGGAUUUCCCCCAGAAAUUAGGAGUUAGUGGGUCUGUUAUUCAGGGAGAUCCCACAACCCUACACAGCCCCAUAUCUCCAGUGACAGGAAGAAGCAGGAAAAAACACAGGGCACCUGCAACAGGAGAAACAACCCCAGCCCCUGGACAGCACUGAGCCCUGGAGACAAGCAAAUGAGAGAAACAGCUCAUGUGGGACACAAUAAAUCUGAAAGCAUUUGCCCACAACCUGCUUCCCAAGUGGUGGAAGGGGCAUAAAACAGAGCAGGAGCAUCCACCACUGCAAACAGGCCCCAAAGAGAAGGGGGAAAAGAAACAUCAAAACCCUGAGGUCUGAACCCCUCCCAUGGGGCAAAGGGAAUCAUGAGAGAAACUCUCAGCACUUGACUCCAGAGGUGUCUCUGGAGCUGAUUCUUGUUCCCAGGAUACCUGGGCCAGGAAAUACAACGGGGGAAUCAGACCCAAAUGCCGACACCUGGGAAGAACCUCGCCCCACAGGGAAUGUGGGGAAAUGGCAACAAGUCAGAUGUUUCCUCCCCCUGAACUCAAAGGAAAACCACAGCAAUUUGUGAUAACGCUUUGACCCGACCCCCAGUUACAUCGGAAUGUGCUGAUUGGAGGGAACUGCAUUUACUUGACUGUUAAAUGUAGGAAAUUCAAUAUACACCUGUCAGGGGAUGCAGGGAGGAAGGGUCUUGCUGUGGUACUGACUCACUCCCAUUGCAGACACACACACUCUGCUCCUGCCAGCCUUAGGCCAUGCGAGUUGUCACAGGAUCGGGCCCUCUGUGUAUCAGAUUGGGUUGUGAUAGGCUCACAUUGAGCAGCACCCCGAGGGCUGAACCCAUCCCCCAACCGCCGGAGCCCUCCCCUGGGCUCUAGCAGGGCUGGCUGGGCUCACAGGGAGCAGGGACAAUGGACGAUGCUGCAGAAGCUUCUGUUUGAACAAGAAUGUGGAGAAGUUCAAAUGCUGUUGGAAAUUGUAGCAAGAGGGGUGGGGUGGAAGAGGGGAACCGGCUGCCACCGCAGUAUUGCCAAGUCUCAUGGUGUCACAGAGUGGGAAUUUUUCAUAAUAUUUUGGAUAAAUGUGGUAUGUGCCUCAGUUUCCCCCAUGUGGUACAUGGUUAACUAGGUGGGGGGAGGGAGGGUGUUUGCUCUUUGCAGAGGCCCAGAGACACAUGUGACUGAUGCCCAGCUGCCUGUUCCUGGAGCCCCUGGAGACUCAGAAGACAAUGGCCGCUGCAAUUGCCUGGAUAUUCGGCACCUAGCAACAAAUGACCAUGGAUGACCCCACCCACCUUGGGAACCCAGCUGGGUGUGACCAGCUGGAGGACAAAGGACGGGGGCAGGUGGGGUUGUUACCUGUGGGCUGCUGGAGGCAAAGAGAAGCUCCUGGACUGAGACUAAAGAGGGGUCUGAGGUCUCCGGACUGACCCAGAUGGAUUAUGCUGGAACUUUUGAUUCUCUGUAUUAGCUAACAACUUCCUACACUGUGUUCUAAACAUCUAAUAACCCCCCUGCUGUUACAGUGCUGGCUGAGAGUCACUCCAGAGUCAGGGAGUCGGGGGUGCACUGGUCCCUUUGGGUGUGCAAGUCUUCCCCAGGUGUCCAGCUCAGACAGACUCUCUGAGGGGAGCUCACAGCAUGAUGCAGGGGUGCUGAAAGCUCUGAGGUUUGGUUCCAGGAGGCGGUGAAGCCAAGUGGCUUACCCUACGGAGAGUGUGACCCUACAUAGGCUGACACACUUAAGGGGACCUCCCAGGCCUCUUUUGCGCCCCCCCCCCCACAUUGGCAACCCUGCUGGGUCAAGAGAACCAGACCUGUGGAUCCAUGACUCAUGGUAUUUGCUGUUUCCUGUAAAGCCCCAGCUCAUGGAGUCCUGGGAUUGUGGGAGAAUCUCAGCUUUGGUUUAAAACAAAUAAAAAGUAAGUUUCUA